UCUCUUCUUGCCCCAAUGGAGACGUUUGUGGAGCUGGACUUCUUCCAGGAGAGCUUCCCGUCGGAGCAGAAGUCCGGGGAGUUCCUGCAGGGCAUGAAUGGGGAGGAGUUCUUCCACGUGGACUGGGACAAGAGGCAGAACGUCUGGAGGCUGCCCAACAUCCCCAACUAUUUUGGCUUUGAUGCGCAGGGCGCUGUGGGCAACAUGGACAUCAUAAAGAACAACAUGAGGGUCCUGAUCAAGCGCAGCAACUGCAGCCAGACCCCCAACGCUCCUCCUACAGCAACCGUGUUCCCCAAAAACCCUGUGGAAAUGGGGGACCCCAACGUGCUCGUCUGCUUCGUGGACCAGUUCUUUCCCCCACUGCUGAACAUCACCUGGCUGAAGAACGGAGAGGAGGUUUCCCAGGGCGUGACGGACACAGACUUCUUCCCCAGCGCGGACAACGCCUUCCGCAAGUUCUCCUACCUGGCCUUUGUUCCGCAGCAUGGAGAUGUCUACGUCUGCCAGGUGGACCACUGGGGCCUCCCUCAGAGCCUGGCCAAGCUGUGGCACUCCAAGGAGCCGUCGCUCAUCCCAGAGACGAAGGAGAACGUGGUGUGUGGCCUGGGCUUGGCCAUGGGCCUCCUGGGCAUCAUGGCUGGCACUGUCCUUUUCAUCAAGGCCAGGAGGAUGAACGGCAUCAACCAGCGCAGGGGCCCCCUGUGAGUCCAUUGCUCAGAAGAAGGAAGGCAUCUUCUGCCCAAAAGGCUUUGCCAGGCGGUGGAGGGAUUAGUGGGGCAGAAGGUCUCAGAUCCCACUUCUCAGAACUGGCACUUAAGUUAUUUGGGACACAUUUUAGCCCCAUAUUGACUGAGGGCCACUCAUAUAUAAAAAGAAAUAAAUCAUCAAACAAGGAGUUGAGCCCAAUCCUGCUUCUUUGUCUCAUGUACCCAAAGGACACAGUCAUACUUCAAUAUUUUUGCAUGUCAAGCGUAUGUUCUAUUUUUAUCUGUGCAAAUUAAAUAACCAUACCUUGCUCCAAUCUGCCUAAAGGAACCCCUGGGAGUGGGACUGUAUGUGC